CCGCAGGGUUCCCUAGUCGGGAGGCGUCCCCCACAGCAGGCACGGGGCCAGAGCGCGGGCACCCAGCAUGCGGGCACCACUCCCAUGGAGGUCGCUGUUCAGUGUGGGCCUUGGACUCCUGUUGCUGAUCACCACGGUCAGGUGCACCUGCUUGUCCUCAUACUCCCAGCUCCUCAGCCAGCUGCAGAACCAGGCAACAUAUCUACAGAACCCUGAGAACCUCCUGAAGCCUUAUGUCAUUUCCCGAGGCCUGGGGGAGCCCCCACUGAACGAGUCCUGCAAAGAGCAUCUUGAAGGUCCUGGAGCAUUCCCAAGCGAGGAAGCCCUAAGCACGCUGAGCAGGCGGGGCUUGCUGAUGACUGUGAGUGCCACUUCGGACCGGGUCCUGUCCAGACUGGAGGCCUGGAAGAACCGAUUUUCUCUGCCUGAGCAACUGCAGACCGCCAUCUUGUAUCUGAAGGGGCUCAAGAAUAACCUUUCCUGCAUGAUCGGGCUGCUCAAGGCUUCCGAGCCCACCCAGGCCAGCCCCAGAACCCUACCACCACCGUCACUGCCUUCCCCCACCCAGGGCAUCUUCCAAGACAGGUUGGAUGGGUGCAGGUUCCUGCGCGGCUACCAGCGCUUCAUGCACUCCGUACACCAGGUCCUCAGCCAGUGGGGGGACAGCCGGAGCCGGAGACAGAGCUCCAGCCACCAGGGUCAGGGUAAACAAGCCCAUGGAUCCAGAAUCAGACCCUCUGUUGGCCGGGUCAGGACAGCCAGACCCAGGGCACAGCUGCGCAGCCAAUCCUAGCCCAGGCAGAUGCAUUUCCAGGGAUGCAAGUCCUCGCCUUUCGGGGAAGUGCACUUUGAAGGGUGGGCACCCAGGAGGCCUCUUUGUACCUCCUCCAGGCUGGUGCACAGAGUCAGGCCAUGGCACCUCCCCCUUCCCUCAAUCCCCAGCCCCGAGUUCUCCUAGGCACAGUGUGGGGUGACCGGGUCGGGCCACGCGGGGCCGACUUUCCAUUGAUUCAGGGGUCUGAUGACACAGGCUGAGUCAUGGCUUGGCUGACUGUGCCCCCUGGUUGGCUGUCGGAGGCCAGCCGGCCCAGCCCUCUCAUGACCUGCUGGCCUGAUGGCUCCUAGACUUCCUCCUUCCUGCCCCCUGCCAUCCCCCACUGGCCAGCCCUGGCAGCUUGGUUUCCAGGAGGAGGUUAGGGUCUGAGCCGGCCUCCUAUGCCUGAUUACGUCUCAGGUCAGACCCCUGCCACGGCUGCAUGACCUCAUUAUAAGGCAGCUGGUUCAGGGUGAGGGGUUCCAGCUUCUGGCCCCUAACCCUAACUCUGGGUAACCCCCAAGCAAGGCCAUUUUCUUUCUCUGGGCUCUUAGCAAAACCAGUGGCGGCAUGCAGAGCCCGUGCAAGGCCCUCCUCUGCCUGUCAGUGGCUGGGACUUCCAGACCCAGGGUGGAAAACCAACGCUGGGCAAACCUGAACAUGCAUGCCAAUGACCAUGGGGUGAGAGGCCAAGAAGCAGCUGGUGCUCCCCCUGGCGGCACAUCAUGGGAUUUUCUCAUGCUGAACCCACUCCCUCUUGAUUUGGGGGGUGAAGGAGCGGGUCCCAGAAGCUGACUCUUGGAGUGAUGUGACUAAUUUAUUGAUUUUUUUAUAUCAGUUUUUAAUCAAUUUUAUAUUUAUAUGGCUAUUUAUGAUGCAUAUUUAAUGUUAAUAUUGUGCUAACAUAUAUUUAAAACGU